AUGGCGACAACGCAAUGCUCUUUUGCCUCGCCGUCGAGGGCCUUGUUUUCGACGGCACAUGUCAUGCUGGCGCCACGACCCGUCCGCCAACGAUGCUUCCGCUCCUUCACCACUUCACCACGGUCGCUAGCUGGACACAACAAAUGGUCCAAGACGAAACACAUCAAAGCUGUCACGGACAAGAAGAAGAUGUCGGAGCGGACGGAGUUUACUAGGCUUAUUGCCAUGUACUCUCGGAUGUAUGGCGAAGAUGUCCGGUUCAACCCUCAGCUGGCAAACGCCAUGGCGGCGGCGACCAAAGCCGGUGUCCCCAAAUCGCUCGUACAGGCAGCAAUAGCUCGGGGCCAAGGCCGCUCAUCCACCGGAGCGAAGCUGGAAUCCAUGACCUUUGAAGUCCUCAUGCCGCCCGACAUGGCCCUCAUUGCCGACGUCGAGACUGACAAUAAAAACCGCACAUUACACGACCUUAGAAACGUUGUAAAGAAGGCUGGAGGCGUCGUCGGGUCGACGUCGUUUUACUUUUCCAGACGAGGCAGGAUCACGCUAAGGAGCGGACAGCAAAGUCCAACCUUGUCAGAUGUAUUGGAGGAGGCCAUUGAGCACGAUGGCGCAGAAGACGUACAAGAGUUGCCGGGGGAAGGCUUCCUCGCUUGGACGCAGCCGGCGCAAUUGAUGGUGAUUACAGAGGCUUUGUCGAAACGGUUUAGCCUUGAAGUGACUGAAUCCGACAUCAUUUGGUCUGCGAAUGAGGACACCAAGACCGCAAUCGACUCCUUGGCAUGCGUGAAAAGCUUGGAUGCUCUGCUCACUGCGCUGCGAGAGUACCCCGAGGUCAAGGCUAUUUAUGCCAACGUGCGACAAGGAAACAUCACAAAAGAGAAUUGGGAGAAGCUGGAGAGGAAUGUAGAUGUCUGA